AUGGAGCGCACAAACAGUAUUUCACCGCCUCUAUAUACUCUCCCUUACGAGAUUCUCAUCACAAUCCUUGAAGUUUUCCCUUCUCGUGAGCUUCUGCCUUGGACAAAGGUCUCUUCUCGAUUCUACAAUAUCAUCUGCCAUAUCCUCAGUCGUCGACUUUCGGCAAUAAGACAGUUAAAAGGUAAUUAUACCUUGCGAUUGGACUGCCAUCUCCCUUCUAGGGUGGCGUUGCAAGGACGCACGAUAGGAACAUAUCUCGACACCAGGACCUUACCCCAUAACCACAGUGAGCACCCUGAAGAGUUGGAAGGGCUAUUGUCUCUCGACCAUGUCUUCUCAAUCGGUGAUCUGGGUGUACUAAGGGAACAAUACACGCGGUUCAAGGUAAUGCAGCACUUUGAGUCGUUGUUUUCGCCGGAUUGGAAAGUUUUUACGGUAGACGACCAAAAUGAGGAUCCGGGCAGGAUAGGAGGCAUCUUAGGCGAGAGUAAGCUUAGCAAAGGGGGCUUCAAGACCCAGCGCAAAAAUUCCAUAAGCAGUCAGGGCCGGGUAGCGCCUUUUCGAAUUCUUGUAGACUCGGCUGAGCCAUUCUCACAAGUCUGUGUCCACGCCCAGCUUUUUGGCGAUCGUCUACCUGCUGGUGUCAAGGUCUCCAAGGGCGUUGUUCGACUUCGGAGGGACUGGCUGGCUGAACAACCCAUUCUAACAGCACCACAACACUUCACUGAUCCACAUGGGGAUGACUCUGAUUCGGACUGCCACCAGCUCGACGACGUAGACGAUCAUUCCCUAACUGAAGAAGAUGUCCGAUGGGUGGAUCCGAAGAUGGAUUCGGGGCUAAGUUUGCACAUUGGCAGUACUCGGGAGGUGACCAGCUGCGGAUUCCUGCGCGGAGUUGCCAACUUGACGGAAACCAUAGUAUACUAUACUAUUGAAGUCGAUGUACGCCGUAUUAGAAUUCGUGAUCCGGUCUAG